CUGAUGUGCAGUUAGAUUAACCGUGCUUUUGCUGAAGAGCGGCUGGUUUAACCGCAGUGGAAGUUCCAGGGACAGUUUGGGAUGUCUAACUGUAACUGACACGUCAACCUAAAGGAAUCAUAAGAGACUCCCUGGUUUCUCCAUUUGUGUUAUUUCUAAUAGCGGAGGUCAAAGAGGAGAAAUACAUCAUUAAAAACAGGACUUGCCCUGUUUUUCCAAGAGGCUGAGAUAAUACCAGAAAUGCAGCAACUGCAGAAUGUAGAGGGUCUGCCCAGUCUUAUCUCAGAGGCUUUGUGGUGUAAUGGUGAAGCUCAGCACACAGAACAAACUCUGUUAAAGAUGUCUACAGUGAAACUGGUGGACUUCAGGAAAACACGGGGACUGAAUGCAAAAAUAAUAUCAGAAGGAAAUUGUCAUACUGGAGUUCCAGGUAAAUCCAGUUUUCAUGGAGACCAGCAAUCACUGCAGGCUCAGGUAAAGAUGUGUUCUGUGAGACUGGUGGAUUGUAGAAAAAUACUAAACAGAAAAGCAAUAGAUGAGGGUGAUCCAGAAGACGGGGCUCAUGAUCAUGAAUACAACAGCAGUGGUUUUACUUCCUCCAGCGAAUCCAGCAAAUCAUAUUCCGACGAAUGGGAUCAAUCUACCUCUCAAGAACAAAUGAUCAAAAGAAAGAGCGUUGGAAAAGUUAAGUUUGUGAAGGGCUCCUUUGCAUUACGUCCUUCAGGCAAACAUGUACUUCAUGUGGGACAAAGGACGAAUCAGUGCAGCCAGUGCAAUAAGACUUUUAAUAAUUCAUCAUGCUUGAGAAGUCAUCAGAAAGUGCACACUGGGGAGAAGCCUUACAAGUGCACACAAUGUGAAAAAAUGUUUACCCAAAAAUCAGGCCUGCGAAUUCACCAGAGAGUGCACUCUGGGGAGAAGCCUUACCAGUGCACACAGUGUGGUAAAACCUUCACACAAGGCUCACAACUCCAGAGACACCAGAUGGUGCACACUACAGUAAAAGCCAGCUCUCAGUCUGAAAAGACGCAAGUAUCAAAUAUUAAAGCGCAUGAGCGUGUACAUCCUGGUAAGGAUUGUUUAUGUUGCAAACACUGUGGAAAACAAUUCGCAAGCUCAUUAGGUUUUCAGAGGCAUAAGAAUGCACAUAAUCAGAUAGAGAAAAAUCAGUGCUCAGAGUGUGGUCAACAGUUCCGACAUUCUUUGUCCCUGAAAGUUCACAAGAGAAUACAUACUGGGGACAAACCGUACAAGUGCUCUCAGUGUGAUAAGGCAUUUCUAAAUUCUUCAUCGCUUAUAGUACACCAAAGGGUACACACUGGAGAAAAGCCUUACCACUGUGACCUGUGUGGAAAACAGUUUUCACAAUCAACACAUCUGCGAACCCACCAGAGAGUGCACACCAAAGUGAAGCCUUACGUCUGCUCUCAGUGCGGCAAGUCUUUCAAUCAGUCAUCACAUCUUACAGUGCACAAACUAUUGCACACCGGACAGAAGCCUUACUGCUGCCCCACCUGUGGCAAUGGAUUCAGAACAACCAACCACCUUAAGCUGCACCAGAGGACACACACUGGGGAAAAGCCGCACCGCUGCUCCGUGUGCGGAUUGUGUUUCAGUCAGUCUUCAAGCCUUAAGCAGCAUAUGAGAAUACACACUGGAGAUAUGCCUUACAAGUGCUCUAAAUGUAAUAGAAUAUUCAGACAGCGCAGCACCCUUAAAUACCAUGAAUAUUUGCACACCUGAGGCGAACCUUGCGUUUGCUCUUACCUUCAAGUGUGAGCUGAACUGUGCAGUUGAUGAAGGUCUCACCAGUUAUGUAUGGUGAUACUUCAUGUUUUGUUACCCUAGGUAAAAUGAUCUUAUACUCAGUUAUUAUAUCCCACUCAAGCAAUAGGGAAGCGCUUAUUUACUGUAACAAAUGUAAUUGUCAGUAUAACUUGCCAUAACAACUUGCCAUUAAAUACAGUCAUGUUUUAAAAAUAUUGUGUUUAAACUUAUUGAUUUGAAUCAUAUGAACACUUUUUUCAUGUUUUAGAAAUAAUUCUGAAAACCUUGGUUAAGGAUUCAAUGCAGUAGGAAUGAAGGAUGUUCUUUUAUAUCGACAGCAAUGCCUCCCAGAAAACAAUGCUUUCAGGUCCGUCUCCAACUCCAACCAAGCCCCCAAGUACAGCAUAGAGCUGCAAUUGGACAGUGAUUUCAGUAUGGCAAAACUGCAAGUACAGGGAAUUAGGUUCACAUCAGGGCUGCAACAACUAAUCAAUAACCCCCACAUGA